GUAGGUGCUGGGCUUCAUCUCCAAGACCCCGAAAGCCAUCUCUUUCUGUUUUUUCUCAUCGUCGAUCUAUUAUCCCAGCCACAGCCAUGGCUCUGUCGGAGACGACAUCGGAGUCCAAUGCCUCCAUCCACUCCACCUUCGCUUCUCGAUAUGUUAGAGUUUCGCUCCCAAGGUUCAAGAUUCCGGCGAAUUCGAUACCGAAGGAGGCAGCGUACCAGAUAAUAAACGACGAGCUGAUGCUGGAUGGGAACCCGAGGCUGAACCUGGCUUCAUUUGUGACAACAUGGAUGGAACCAGAGUGCGAUAAGCUAAUCAUGGCCUCCAUUAACAAGAACUACGUUGAUAUGGACGAGUACCCUGUCACCACUGAGCUACAGAAUCGCUGCGUAAACAUGAUAGCACAUCUAUUUAAUGCACCACUUGGAGAGUCGGAGGCAGCAGUUGGUGUGGGAACAGUGGGAUCUUCAGAGGCAAUAAUGCUUGCUGGUUUGGCAUUCAAGAGGAAGUGGCAAAACAAGAGGAAAGCUGAGGGCAAACCCCAUGACAAGCCUAACAUUGUGACUGGAGCUAAUGUUCAGGUGUGCUGGGAGAAAUUUGCAAGGUACUUUGAGGUGGAAUUGAAGGAAGUGAAGCUGACGGAUGGCUACUAUGUGAUGGACCCUGUCAAAGCAGUGGAGAUGGUGGACGAGAACACCAUCUGUGUUGCUGCUAUCCUUGGUUCUACCCUCAAUGGAGAAUUCGAAGAUGUUAAACACUUGAAUGAUCUUUUGACAAAGAAAAACAAAGAAACAGGAUGGGAUACUCCAAUCCAUGUAGAUGCAGCAAGUGGUGGCUUUAUUGCACCCUUUCUUCACCCAGAGCUGGAGUGGGACUUCCGCUUGCCACUUGUGAAAAGCAUUAACGUUAGCGGCCACAAGUACGGGCUUGUGUAUGCUGGCAUAGGUUGGGUGAUUUGGAGGAGUAAAGAGGACUUGCCCGAUGAGCUCAUCUUUCAUAUCAACUAUCUUGGAGCCGACCAACCUACCUUCACCCUCAACUUCUCCAAAGGUUCUAGUCAAGUUAUUGCUCAGUAUUAUCAACUCAUUCGCUUGGGCUAUGAGGGAUAUAGGAACAUUAUGGAAAACUGUCAAGAAAAUGCAAGGGUGCUCAAAGAAGGAUUGGAGAAGACAGGGCACUUCAACAUUGUGUCUAAAGAGAAUGGAGUGCCAUUAGUAGCCUUCUCUUUGAAAGACAACAGCUGUCACAAUGAGUUCGAGGUGUCAGACAUGCUGCGACGCUAUGGAUGGAUCGUGCCAGCUUAUACCAUGCCGCCGGAUGCACAACAUGUGACUGUUCUUCGUGUCGUCAUAAGAGAAGAUUUCUCGCGCACACUUGCUGAGCGUCUGGUCACAGAUAUCCAAAAAGUCCUAUAUGAGCUCGAUACUCUCCCCGCUAAGAUUACAGCCAAGGUCCAACAGAGCAACAAGAAGAGUGAAAUUGAGACACAGAGGGAGAUCACCGAAGCUUGGAAGAAGUUCGUCAGGGAGAAGAAGAAGACUAAUGGCGUUUGUUAGAGUUUAAAGCCAGACCUUCUGGGGCGGAGCCUAAGUUUUGCUACUCCGUUAUUUAUUAAGAGCGGUUGAGUUUGUGGAGAUUAUAAGCCAUAAUGGGUUUUCUUUAAAUUGAAUGGAAAGUUGUUUGGUGUGGUUUUAAUUGCUAA